ACACAAGAGAUACCGAGUUACCCGUCUGUAUCUCUCGGACCCAAUCUUCCUACCCUCUAAUCUCUUCCUGCAUUUUUCUAAAUCCCUCAAUUUACACAGCCAUGUCUGAACGAGGCUCAUUCCGAGGCGGUCGCGGUCGUGGAGGCCGUGGCGGCCAGGGCCAGCAGAAAAGUGGCGGUGGUGGCGGUGCACAGGAGAAGCCCAAAAAGGAAAACAUCUUGGAUCUCAACAAGUACAUGGACAAGGAGGUUCAAGUGAAGUUCAAUGGUGGCCGUGAAGUCACCGGUACCCUCAAGGGUUACGACCAGCUGAUGAACCUGGUCCUCGACGAAGUUAAGGAAACCAUGCGUGAUGAGGAGGGCAACACUACCACCCGCUCAAUGGGUCUCAUCGUCGCUCGUGGUACUUUGAUCGUACUGAUCUCCCCCGCCGAUGGCAGUGAGGAGAUCCCCAACCCUUUCUUGCAAGCAGAAGAGUAAACAAAAACCUCUCUUUCUGACGUAUUAUCUUCUUUCCGGGUUUCAUUUCAUUCCGGAUCGGGAUGUCAUUUCGGGAA